GAGGGGGGUGGGGGGAGCUCAGCGUGAGGAGCGGACUUCCUCUGCCUUCUCUCCUCAGCGCUGGAUUCAUACACGGCGCGGCUCCACGGGGGAAGUUUUGCGCGCUCUGAUCCGGAAUCUGCUGCAGCUGUCGGAGGCGCACCUGGGGACCCCUGGCCCACUCUGGCCCACUCUGGCCCCCGCUCAGCCAGCUGUCUCUUGCUUGGGUCGGACAGGAUGACGGGGUGUGCCAAGCGCUGCAAACAGGGACUCGUCAAGUUUGCCCUGACUCUUCACAAGCUGCUCACUGGGACGCUCAUCAAAGACAAAGCCGACGAUGACUUGGAGAUGACCACUGUGUGUCAUCGGCCGGAGGGUCUCGACCAGCUCGAAGCUCAGACCAGCUUCAGUAAAAGAGAGCUCCAAGUGCUCUACAGGGGCUUCAAGAAUGAAUGUCCCAGUGGAAUCGUGAACGAGGACACCUUCAAACAAAUCUACUCAAAGUUUUUUCCACAUGGGGAUGCCAGCGCCUACGCUCACUACCUGUUCAAUGCGUUUGACACCGGACAGACAGGAUCGAUAAUGUUCGAGGACUUUGUUAACGCUUUAUCCAUCCUGCUAAGAGGUUCUGUCGUAGAGAAACUCCAGUGGACCUUUAAUCUCUACGACAUCAACAGAGAUGGAUACAUCAGCAAAGAGGAGAUGACAGACAUUGUCAGAGCAAUAUAUGACAUGAUGGGGAAGUACACGUACCCAGUCCUGAAACACGAUGCUCCCAAGCAGCAUGUGGAUGCCUUCUUCCAGAAAAUGGACAAAAAUCGAGACGGUGUUGUCACACUUGAUGAAUUCAUCUUUUCCUGUCAAGAGGAUGAAAACAUCAUGAGGUCUCUGCAGCUCUUUGAAAAUGUCAUCUAAAUGACAAAUGCCAGGAGAGAGGUGGAGCAACAGAUGAAAGCACAGAGCAAGAGAUGAGCGAAGAAGAAAGAUAAGGAGAAUGGGAGAUGGACAAGAGUUUGCAGGAGUAAAGAAACAUCAAAACCUCAGAGAAAAGCAAAAAAAUGGAGCUUUAACUGCCACUGUGGGUUUAGAAAUGUACUUUUGGAGACAAAUCCUUCACUGAUUUUGGGAAACGUCCUUCGGAUUUAUUUGCUUUUUCUCUGAGUGUCGACCUCGUCUCUGCCUCCUUCAUUUGUCGCUGUUGUGGCUUACAGUCAGCUUGGACUGCGUUUGUUUUUUUUGUUUUUUUCUUCCCAACUCAGUAAAUGCGCCGCCAGUCUCACCUUUGGUCCAGUAUGCCAUCCGUUGAAAACUGAAAAGCGGCUUACCGGCGAUUUGUCUUAAACAAUGAUCCGCUUUGAGCAUAAUUUUAUGUAACAGUGCAGCAAACAAUUUGCCAGUUAAUGAAGCAUGUAGGACAGAGGCCAACACUAUACCGUAUUUAAUGCAUUUCUGCAGAGUUGGUGGAAGAUUAUUUUGUCUUAGUGCUUCUAUCUGAGAAUGCAGAUCUGUUUGCGGAGAUAAAAUCGGUCAGUGUGCGUUAACGUGACGUAAGUCAGUUCUUCAGUGUUGUAACAACUAAGCUCUACUAUAGAUAUUUAACUGUUGUUCCUGUGGCUUUUUUUCUUAACGUCUGAUGUUCGUCUGUGUUUCUUAUCCUGAUUACCCGUCUGUCCUUUUGUCUGAGUGGGUAUAACUGUAAUUACACUGCCUAUCUCUAUUACUGCUAAAUGAAGAGCUCAUCGACUGGUUUACAGGUAGUGAGCAGGACAUGGAUAUACCUGUGAGUGUGUGUGUGCGUGUGUGUGUGUGUCCUGAUGUUAACGUCCUGCUUGCAGAACUAUUUGAUGUUGGGGCAUGUGCAUAGAAAUCAGUUCAUGUUGAGGAUCCGUCAGUGGAAAGAAGCAUGUUUUAGGGAGAGAGAAGAGUUGUGUCUUCAGGUGUGUCUUGUUUAAAAAGCCCAACGUUGACUCAGAGUGACCAACAUUUCACUGUGAGGGGCGGAAGGGUGACGGAGUAAAGCGACGAUCCAAGAGCUAGACCUCAUCACUGAUUCCGGGGGAAUGGAAGCCAUUUUUCAAACAAGAGCCAUCGUACUGAAGAUUGAGCAGAAAUGAGGGAUUUAAAUAUUUCGGUUUUACUCACUGUGCUCUCCCAAUAAAGUCAGCUGAAUGAGCCGCAGGAAUCCAGACAAAAAGACAGAGAGGUAGACAGGCAUAUAGACACUUAAAACUGUCGAUUCAAAUGAUUUGUGUAUUGAAAUAUUGUAUAAAAUCAUAUUGAUCAAUAAACUUUUCAGGAAAACCCUCCCAACUCA